AUGCACGAGGAGAUUGAGAGGCUUCAAUCCUAUCGACAGAGUGAUCAGGCUGCGUCUCGCUCGAUCUUAGAAAAAGAGCAGUUUGUACCUGGGUUCGAGAUGCGCUGGAAAAGAAUACGUCUGGAUCACAUCCGGUACCUGAACCAAUAUGUCGUGCAUGCAGGUGAUGCGCGAGGUGACAGCAUGAUGAUGAGAGAAAGAUACAGGAAGACUAGCACGGAAUGGCGAGCUUUUGAGAUCUUGUAUGGUCUCACAGCCGAUGAGAUUGAGAAUCUUGAAUUGGCGAAAUGCAACGAAGCCAUCCAAGCACUGAAUCGGGGGGCAACAAGCCUCCUCCAGCUUUUUAAAGAAGCCUUUAAGAAGGAGACCGCGGCCCAACGGGCACAUCUUCUCGUCCUGUUGCGAGAAAAAAAAUUACGAAGAAGCCGAGAAGUUUGCAAAGGGAUUUUGUCCCAAGAGCUGGGAGUUUGGGGAGGAAGACACUGA